AUGGCCGCUCAAACACAACCCGAGGAGCCCAUCACCAGCCCCUCCCACCUCGACGGCGUGGCCUACCUCUACGGCCACCCCCUCCUCAACUCUCUCUCCCCACCCCUCCACCAAACCGUCUACAAUGCCUUGGGCCUCAACUGGCAGCAAAUCCCGCUCUCCAGCGUAACCGGCACCUCAGCCACCUACCCUCCUCCUUACACUCGCUCCCCACCCGUCGACACCUUCCUCGCCUCCAUCAAGGCCAACCCCAAAUUCGUCGGCUCCUCCGUGACCAUGCCGCACAAGGUCGCCAUCAUGCCUCACCUGGAUGAUCUGACCGAGCACGCCCGGCAGGCCGGUGCCUGCAACACCAUCUUCCUCCGCGAGGAUCCCACCACCGGCACCCGCCAAUACGUCGGCACCAACACCGACUGCGACGGUAUCCGCGAGGCGCUGGUCCAAAACGCUCCCGAUGCCUCGCGCUUCCGCGGCCGUCCCGCCCUCAUCAUCGGUGGUGGUGGUACCGCCCGCACUGCUAUCUACGUGAUGCGCCGCUGGCUCGGCUCCAGCCGUAUCUACAUCGUUAACCGUGACGCCGCCGAGGUCGCGACUAUCCUGGAGGAGGACCGCGCGCGCAACCCGGAUCCCAACGCCCAGGCUCCCCUGAUCCACGUUACCGAUCCCGAGGAGGCUGCUCGUCUCGAGGCCCCCGCUGCUAUCGUCUCGGGUAUCCCUAACUACCCACCUAAGACUGCUGAGGAGCUGAAUGCCCGUGCUGUUAUCCAGGCCUUCCUGGGUACCGAGGCUGAUGCGUCUAACCAGCAGGGUGUUAUCCUGGAGAUGUGCUACCACCCCGUUCCCUGGACAGAGAUCGCCCAGUUGGCCUCCGCCGGUGGCUGGAAGGUUAUCCUUGGCUCUGAGGCUCUGAUCUGGCAGGGUCUGGAGCAGGCCCGUCUCUGGACUGGCAAGGAUGUUAUUGGCACACCUGGUGUUGUUGACGCCGUCAAGGCCGUUGUCAAUGGCUCCGUUGCCGAGCGGGCUGAGAAGGCCAAGCAGGCCGCUAGCCAGUAA